AUGCAUACUCAACCGCAAUUCAGCGACCCAUGGUCACACCAGACCAGCACCUCCAGUGCCUCAUUCCCGGCUUUAUCCAAGACGGAUAACUCAAGGUCUACCAUGUCAAUGCCAUAUUCACACAUGCCACCAGUCACUGGCUCCAUGGCUCAAGGUAGCGACUACUCUAGCACAUACGGGAACGAUGUACUAAGGUUUCCUCAAGACAUUCCACGUUCGACCUAUGCCGAGCAGUCUUAUCCAACUGCAUCAGCGACAACAUCGUCGUAUACUCCAUCAUACUCUACUAUGGGCUAUGCCCAACAGCUGGCUCAACAGCAACAGCAGCAGCAACAACAACAGCACAGAAAAAUGUCCGAUCACGCUGUCGACAACUCUCGUGCCGCCACCGCCAGCUUUGGUGAGCUUGACGCUUCUCGAGGCAUGCUAGCACUCAGCCACCAGAACCUCCAGGACUUGACUCCUCGCAACAUUUAUGAAGCUCGUGCUCAGAGACCGACUACGGACGCAUAUGGCUUCCCUCAUACUGCCUCUAACCACUCAUCCAUCUCUAAUGAAUCUGGUCGCGGAUAUCCCUACUACGCUCCCAGUUCAGUUGGCUCUGUCACCGAUUCCGCCACCGACUAUAGUUCAGCGGCCUCGGAUGCUGGUGGAUACGAGACCAUGGCUGCGUCUCGGACACUGCCACGACCCCAGCAAAUGUUGGGAGCCCCCCUAGGACCACCAGCCCCUCAAUCUAUGAUGGGACAGUUCUCCUCUAAGAUGUCCGCAAACACGCAAAAGAAACACAAAUGCAAGGUCUGCGACAAGCGUUUCACACGACCAAGCUCCCUGCAGACACACAUGUACAGCCAUACCGGCGAGAAGCCAUUCGCUUGCGACGUCGAAGGCUGCGGUCGCCACUUCUCGGUUGUUUCCAACUUGCGCCGACACAAGAAGGUGCAUAAGGGUGACAGCCUUUCUACCACCAGCACUUCCGACAACGAAGACUAA